AUGUUGCUGGACGCUGGUCACCAGUUUCCCGGACUGGGAGUGAGUUCGUUUGCAAGACAUCAUUCCGCGAGCGACAUGCAGGACAGAGACUUGAGUUUGGCUCAGAACAGCUUUGUAGACUCUGCGCACAUGGGGGCUUUUAAACUCAACCACGACCUCUCCCCUGGACAGAGCUCUGCCUUCAGCAGUCAGGCGCCCGGGUACCCCGCCGCGGCUCUGGGUGCGCACGCUCAUGUCACGUCCUACGCGAGCUCCCCUUUCAACUCAACCAGGGACUUUCUGUUUCGCAGUCGCGGCUUUGGAGAAUCCUCUCCGGCCAGCGGCCAGCACACUAUUUUUGGCCCCACGGCGGGAUCCCUACACCACUCCCACACAGACUCUCAAGGCCACAUUCUGUUCCCCGGCAUCCACGACCAGCACGGCUCUCACGGAUCCCCCAAUGUGCUCAACGGCCAAAUGCGCCUCGGACUACCGGGGGAAGUGUUCGGGCGCUCUGACCAGUACCACCAGGUGUCCAGUCCGCGGACAGACCCGUACUCUGCCGCUCAGCUUCACAACCAGUACGGCUCCAUGAAUAUGAACAUGGGGAUGAACAUGGCAGCCCACCACCCCGGUGCCUUCUUCCGCUACAUGAGGCAGCAGUGCAUCAAGCAAGAGCUGAUCUGUAAGUGGGUCGACCCCGAGCAGCUGAGCAACCCCAAGAAGUGCUGCAACAAAACUUUUAGCACCAUGCAUGAGCUGGUCACGCACGUCUCUGUAGAGCACGUCGGCGGACCCGAGCAGACGAACCACAUCUGCUUUUGGGAAGAGUGCUCCCGGGAAAGCAAGCCUUUCAAGGCCAAAUACAAACUGGUCAAUCACAUUCGGGUCCACACAGGCGAAAAGCCUUUCCCAUGUCCGUUCCCCGGCUGUGGAAAAGUGUUCGCUCGAUCAGAAAACUUGAAGAUCCACAAACGAACUCAUACAGGAGAGAAGCCCUUCCAGUGUGAAUUUGAAGGCUGUGACAGGAGGUUUGCGAACAGCAGCGACAGAAAGAAGCACAUGCAUGUGCACACUUCAGACAAACCGUAUCUCUGUAAGAUGUGUGACAAGUCCUACACACACCCCAGUUCCCUACGAAAACACAUGAAGGUCCACGAGUCCUCUCCUCCCGGCUCAGACUCUUCCCCAGCGGGCAGCUCUGGUUAUGAGUCGUCCACUCCUCCAGGCCUGGUGUCCCCCACCGCAGAGACCCAGAGCAACACCACCCUGUCCCCCGCCUCAGUGGUGCACAACUCCAGUGGACACAGCACCCUGUCCUCCAAUUUCAGUGAGUGGUACGUGUAG